UCAUGGAGCUGCUCUCCUAAGCAUGAGGAGGAUCAUGCUUUCCUUCCUCUGCUUACUGAUGCACCUGCUUCAGGAUGAAACAACUUCGCUUUUAGUUUUGGAAAACCAAGACCUGCAAGAUGCGAUUAAGCCACAGAAGGUAGAGUUCCAUUCGUUAAAUUUCAACACCACUUUGCAUUGGCAGCCUGGGUGGGCCAGAGAGGCGAGAGAUGCGCUCUACUUUGUGCAGUAUAAAGUGUAUGGGCAGAGCACAUGGCAAAACAAAGAUGAGUGCUGGGGGAUUUCAAGCCAUGUCUGUGACCUAACACAUGAGACCUCUGACAUCCAGGAGCCUUACUACAGCCGAGUGAGAGCAGCCCUGGCUGGUGUCUAUUCCAACUGGAGCCUCAGCCGCAGAUUUACUCCUUGGCGAGAAACUAUGAUAGGACCUCCAAUGGUAACUGUGAUUCAUAGCAACAAAUCCAUAACAGUAAAGCUCCAGGCUCCACGUUCUCCUUAUAGAAGGAAGAGAGGCAGCAAAAUACCAAUGACAAAUUAUUAUGAUCUGCUGUAUCAAGUCUUCAUAAUUAACAACUUGCUAGAUGAGCAACACAGAGUCCUGGUGUAUGAAGGGAAAGACAAGGUUGUUAAAAUAGAAGAUUUGAGGCCUGGAGUCAGCUACUGCAUCGUGGCUAAAAUGUACAUGCCACUGCUGGACCACAGCAGUGCCUACAGCAGCAGGCAAUGCACCGUGCUGCAGUGACAGGGCUGGCACCUCUGAGACAGGGAUAAUGGCAGAAGAUGCUUUCCAUCACAGGUCCAGCUGUAAAUCAACAUCUGCUGUCUAUGUCUGGAAUACAUACUUGGAUACUUUUUAAACUAACCUUUGCUGCAUUAAAUUAUUUGAUUAUUUGAUCACA